GCAUCCGGAAGACAUGAUGGCGAUUCAGCUCUGACUCGAUCAAAUGACGGACUGAAAGAAUUUUCGCUUUUUGCCAUUGAAAAGCCAAGAAAAAACUUGAAAUUGAGUUUCUCGAGUUGUACGAGGUUCCGCGAGUGUUUUGUAAAUAACGCGAGGUGAAGCAAGCGGUCCGGGAUUGGAGUCUCCGUCGAGAAAUUGCAAAGAAAAACUCUGCUCGGAAAACCUCUACUCGGUCGUUCGUUGAGUGUUCGAAGUCAUCAUCGUGUGGUGAUGUCGAAAACGGUCGAGUCGUAACAGCACAGCGGAGAAGCGAAAUGAAAGAAAAGUAGGAAAAUCUGAGUCUAGCAUUCGGGAAUGUUUGCACAGGAAUAGCGUGUGACGGACGAGACGAGACGAGCAGCGAAAAAGUGUGCAAAGUCGGAAAAUCGAAACGGAUUUGUGCUUGGUGCGGCCGCAGUGCGAAAGCUCGGCUCUCGGUGAGGAAUUCGAGGACGAGGAGUUAGAUUUUGGGUCCGUCGGGCGAAGCACAGUAGCAAGAUCGGGUGGAAAAAAGAAGGAAAAGUUAGCGAGCCAAGAAAAGUUGAAAAAAUGAAUUAUGAGGAAUCUGAUAAAAAAACCGAUGUGAAAGUGUGUGUGAAACCGAAACCGACGGCAACGGCAACGGCGACGAAUUCCACAAACACAGUGGCGCCCGCCGCAGCAACAACAACAAGCACGACGUCGUCGGGCUCGGCUCCGACGGCGGCGAAGAAUUCAAAGAAUAAGAGUUCGCGCAGUAGUGUUAGUAGUAGUCAUCAUAGUGUUGGUAGUUGUGUAAGUAGUAGUGGGGGUAGUAAUAGUAGUGGUGUACGUGGUGGUAGUGGUAAUGCAAGUGGCAAAAAUAUGUCGACGACGGCGACAGCGACAACAUCAACGACAGCGACCGUGGCUGCGGCCGCCGUCCAGAAAAGUCAGCAAAAUUCGAACUCGAACUCAUCGGCGGCGAAGAACGCAGUAAACUCGCAAAAGUCGGGCGCGUGCACGACCUCGUCGUCGGCGGGGCCGCCGCAGGCCGUGGGAUCGACAGCUGGGAUGCCAGCAGGAGUCGCGUCCACGACAGCGACCGCGACUCCGACAACUCUGCACCAUCAGCGGCCGCAGCAACAGAACCCGAUUUCGCUGGAGGCGGCGGCCGAGGCAGUGGCCGCGGCUGCGUCUGCAGCUUCAUCGUCAGCAAAACCUGUCAAUUUCCAUUCCUUUCCGCCCCUGGAGAACAUGGUGCGGAACAGUAAGUUUCCGCCGGACGGCGGAAGUGCCUCGGCCUCCUCGUCGACGACCGAUACCAUUCCGGAUCCAUUCGCGGCGACAGUUGCGGCCACCACGGAGCAUCUGCAGACCCGUGGCGUUACGGAUCUGUCCGAAUCAGACGAGGAAUCUGUCUCUGAGAUUCUUUUGGCAUGCUUGUGUCUAAGGCCAGAUCUUUUGGAUGAGAUCCCUGAUUCAGGCUCAGAGAGCUGCGGAAAUGACGUUGAUGGGAAUGAUGAUGAAGAUGAUGGUGAUGAUGAAGACGAGGAUGAGGAUGAUGAAGGUCGGGAAGCUAAUGAAGAGAAUUUCUUGCUUCAUAACACAGCGGCUGAUCAUAGUAGAAAACUAACAGAACUAUUUGAAGCGGCAGCAAAUGACAAAACAGUUUUGAGGCAUGCAACAUUAGCUAUCGAUGAAGCAACGCAAGCGCUAACGAAAAUGCGGGGCGCAAACAGCCCAAAAGAAAAAGCUAUUUUCUCCCGUACGCUUAUAGCCGCCUGUAAUGACAAUGAUGUUACAACAGUUAGGCAAUUAUUAGGAAAAAAUAGUAAUAUUCCAAUUAAUGAGUCAACAGAAGAUGGAGAGUCUCUUUUGUCAAUGGCUUGCUCAGCUGGCUAUUAUGAACUAGCCCAGGUUCUGUUAGCAAUGUCAGCGGCACAAGUUGAAGAUAAAGGACAAAAGGAGUGUACACCGUUAAUGGAGGCUGCAUCGGCUGGGCACGUUGACAUCAUUCGUCUUUUGAUUAGCCAUAAUGCAGAUGUGAAUGCACAAUGCGCCACCGGGAAUACUCCGUUAAUGUUCGCUUGUGCUGGUGGCCAUGUCGAAGCUGUCAAGGAACUAUUAAAGCAUGGAGCGAAUGUCGAGGAUCAAAAUGAAAACGGACAUACACCUUUAAUGGAAGCUGCGUCGGCCGGACAUGUCGAAGUUGCAAAGGUACUCCUGGAACAUGGCGCAGGCAUUAAUACGCACUCAAAUGAAUUCAAGGAGAGCGCUUUAACACUUGCAUGCUAUAAAGGUCAUCUGAACAUGGUACGGUUUUUGUUGCAAGCAGGUGCCGAUCAAGAACAUAAAACGGACGAAAUGCAUACGGCCUUAAUGGAAGCUUCAAUGGAUGGUCAUGUAGAAGUUGCCCGACUAUUACUUGAUUCUGGAGCUCAAGUGAAUAUGCCAACUGAUUCAUUCGAAUCACCAUUAACUCUUGCAGCAUGUGGCGGUCAUGUUGAACUUGCCACAUUGCUAAUAGAGCGCGGUGCAAAUAUUGAAGAAGUGAAUGAUGAAGGGUAUACUCCUUUGAUGGAGGCAGCUCGAGAAGGACACGAGGAUAUGGUUGCAUUACUUCUAUCGAAAGGCGCAAACAUAAAUGCUACUACGGAAGAGACACAGGAGACUGCGUUAACGCUAGCAUGUUGUGGUGGCUUUAUGGAAGUUGCCGAGUUCCUAAUAAAACAAGGAGCCGAUUUGGAGCUUGGAGCGUCAACUCCUUUAAUGGAGGCGGCGCAAGAAGGUCAUACGGAUUUGGUUCGCUAUCUGUUGGAGAACGGUGCGAAUGUGCAUGCCCAGACACAAACAGGUGAUACAGCUUUAACACAUGCUUGUGAAAACGGUCAUACUGAUGCUGCGGAAGUGCUGCUUUAUUAUGGCGCUGAGCUCGAGCACGAAUCCGAAGGUGGUCGUACGCCUUUGAUGAAAGCUUGUCGUGCUGGACAUCUAUGUACCGUGAAAUUUCUGAUCAGCAAAGGCGCAGAUGUUAACAAGCAAACAACUAAUAAUGAUCAGACGGCUUUGUCUCUGGCAUGUGCUGGUGGUCAUCAACAGGUUGUGGAGCUUUUGUUGAAAAGCGGAGCUGACCCGUGUCAUAAAUUAAAAGACAGUAGCACGAUGUUAAUAGAAGCAGCGAAAGGUGGUCAUAUACGAGUUGUGGAGACUCUUUUCAAGUACGAACAACUGGCAAUGAAUAACCAAGUACAAGAUGCCACUGCGGCUCCGGCUGCUCUGAAUAACGAUACUCGUCAGUUGCAAACGUUCAAUCUUCCAAUGCAGAAGCCAAUGCAACUGACCGGGCCACCUGGCCUGCACGAUGUCCCCGAAGCCGUACGUGUAUCAAACCAGCAAAAGAUUCUCCAGCAGUUCUUUGAAGACCCACUUAUCACAAACACCCCCGAAGGUUUUGUUAUGGAUCCGAAUUCACGAGAUUUACAACAAGAACAACAGCAACAGCAACAACAACAAAAUGAUCCCUUGUACAAUAAAAUGCGUCUUUUUCCAAUGCAUGCAGCAGCAGCGGCUGGCGGCUUAGAAGAUGGGCUAGCGCACGGUUUAUCUCAACCAAGUUUUGUCAAUCAAAUUUUAAGCCAUACCAAACAGCAUCAGUCUCAACAACAACAACAACAAAUUAGCAACAACACCAACAACAUUGCCACCACAAAUAAUAACAAUAAUAACAAUGUAAACAACAACAAUACUACCAACAAUCAGAAUAACACUUCGGGAAAUUUAACUAAGCAAAAAAGUUUAUUGCGAAAGAAUCGUCAAGCUCCGGUACCAUUUGAAUUGAAUUUAACAAAUUCAGAAGUUCAACAAGUUAGAUCACAGCCAUUGGGUGAAGAUGAUGCAAAUUCAUUUUAUAUAUCAGCUGCAAAACAACAGCAACAACAACGAAAAAUGAUUGAGGAAUUUCAGAAGCUGGACAGCUCAUUUCAACGGGCCAACAUUCAGCUGACAUGUGACGGUAAUGGACCACCUUCAACGCUUUUGCCAUCCGCCUACGUGGACUUAACAACAGCGCCUGGUCAAGGAAUUUUAAAUAGUGCAGACGGCAUGCAUUUUGCUGCUUCUAGUGGUGCACCCAUGAUAUUGGGUGUUAAUCCUACAGGAGCUACUACCAUGCAGUCGGCCACACUUGCUUCACUUGUCCCAGGCGGUGUAAAUAAGGCUGGCCACGAUCCAAACAAUUCCUUUUUACUCGCUACAUCUCUACCAGCCACUAUUCAAGCCUCAGCAGCAUCGGUAGCAGGAGUUGGCUCUAUAAAUUCUCAUCAUGUUACUAGAAUUCAGCCGCAUAUGAUAAAUGUUUCUGCUUCUUCCACCAAUGCUGGGGCCGGGCCGUCAUCUGGUGUCGUCGGUUCAUCAUCAUCCACUACUCAAACGGUAACGCCAACUCAAAUAACAACACCAUCAGAAGUAUCCCAGAGUACAGCUAUCAGUGACCGGCCUAAAGUUAAGCCAGUUUCUAAGAAGGAUGGGAAGAAUUUGCGUAAGGCGGCAACAACUACGGUUCUGCAGCAAAACCAGAUGGUGUCCAUCUACAAUAAUCUACCGCUGCUAUUGACUACUGAGCCGAGCUACCAAUCACAUCAUCAGCCAGUGAAUGAUGGAUCAACCAUACUUGCCACAAUGAGUGGUGGUGUGAUGCCUAAUGUUGAGCAUAUCCUAAAUCCACCACCAAGUGAGCAGCAAUCAGACAACAACGGUGACUCGUCAGAGGAGCCAAUUACGACCAUUUUGCAGCAAAGGCAAAUACUGUCGGCUUAUGAUAUCAAACAGCAUGAGGACUUGUAUGGAAAUAUGAUAACCGAAAUGAUGGCGUCGUCGGCGUCGGCUUCGUCAUCUAGCUGUGAUUCUGCAGCGUCGUCUACAACAGACCAUGAAGAGCAGCUAAGCAAGCUGCCGAUCAAUUGCCAAUGGAAUCGUAAAGUUUUGCAAAUGGUUACUCAGAUGCCGAAUUACCCUCUGCAAAUAGCUCAACGCUUGAUUGAUCCGCAACCGAAAUCGCCAUCGGAAACUCCACCAUUGGGCGACGAUGACAAUGAUAACGACACCAAGACGCCCGAUUCACCUACUAAAACUGCUACCAAUUUUAUUCUUGAAGAUACUGACUAUGUUGAUCUACCGCACGUCUUUCACGAAGCUGUCCAUGAAUUCCGUACUAGCGAUUUAAAUGCAUCGGAAAUCGUUCAAGUACUUCAACCCAUUUCGAAUUUGAUUCCUCAUAAAGGAGGAUCCCUUAAUAACGUUCAACAACGUCAACUAACUAUCCAACAACAACCAGACAAAUCACAACAUGGCCAGAGCACUUAUAUAGCCCAGGAAGAACAUUUCCAUAUGUUCCCGGUCGAGGAUUCGGACGGCGAAGCAAUUGGUGAUUGUGGAAUUUACCCGGCACUGGGUGAAUCGCUUGAAUCAUUCAGUGCAGAGGACGAGGCGAAUAGGGAGCAAAUUUGCAGUUAUGAACUUGGCUUGAGUGAUUGCAUGGAGGAGAUUCUGAAUGUGUUUCAAGGAGAUCCAACACUUCAGGAAAUCGCUACGAACUUGAACUCGGAGUUUACGGAAUACAACAGCAUGCAAGCGCUAUGUAGAAACCGGUGGAACCCGGGACCGUGGAUGCCAACAACGUCUCAACUGCAAGAGGCCGAGUUGUUACGCGGAAAUUUCUGCUUAAGCGAUGAUCCAAACGAUCAACGACAAGCCAACCAACUAACACUGGAAGAGAAACUAAUGCAACAUCGUUUCUCGGUUGAAGACAUGCAAAUAAUUAAUCAGUACCAUAGCCAGCAAGCAACACUGUCACUGAUGCCAACAACAGAGUUAGAACAACAGCAACAACAACCGCCCAACAUUGGAAUCCAGUCACUGCCAGCCCAAUCGGGAUUAUUACAAACUCAACAACAACAACAACAAUCUCAAUCGAAUGCCACAACUAGUUCCGCAAAUGUCUCGUCACCUUUAGUUCAAGCUAAUACGACCGGUAUUCAGCAAUCGCAACAAAGCCUUCAGCAACAACAGCAACAGCAAACAUUGUCUGGUGAUGCCCAACAGCAGACAAAGUUUGUUUUCAAUGUUGACGCGGAUAAACCAUCGCAAUCGUUGCAAUUGCUAUUCCAAUUACCAGGACAGACCGGUCCACAACAACAGACAUCCACCAUUUCAGCCCAACAACAGCAGAUCUGUCCUACAUCAAAUCUUCCUCACGUUCCCAAUACGAACGCAGUCCGACAUCAUGUUCAAACGCAACUAUCCCAGCAGCAGCAAAUACAGCAGUUGCAACAUUGUGCCCAACAUUCGCAGCAAGUUCAAGUUGCCACUCAAACUCAGCAACAGCCCGCUCCCGGUUAUGUUCCUGCCGUCGCGCGGCAGUUUUGUGCCUCUAACACCACUCUGGAUGGCAGUAAUGUAACUGAACAGCCCACAAAUCUUGUUAAGUCAACCGGCAAUGCUACCGGAGCCUCCAAAAAGUCUGACAAAAUUUCUCGAAAAGAACGAAAUAAGUACACUGUGAUGCGUCAAGCGCCUGCUGGAAGCCAAGCUAACACUACCCAACAAUAUACUCCGCAAGGACCAGUACAAAGCAUUGAGAAAACCAUCGAUGUUGACUCCGAGACUGAUUCCAAUCAUGACACGGCAUUGACUUUAGCCUGUGCCGGUGGACAUGAGGAGUUAGUGGAGUUACUAAUAAAUCGAGGUGCAAAUAUUGAACAUCGCGACAAGAAAGGAUUCACGCCGCUGAUCCUAGCUGCUACAGCUGGCCACGAAAAAGUAGUGGACAUACUGUUAAAACAUAAUGCCGAUCUGGAAGCACAAUCGGAACGUACGAAAGAUACUCCUUUGUCGUUGGCCUGUUCAGGAGGUCGAUACGAGGUAGUAGAACUUUUACUUAACGUCGGUGCUAACAAGGAGCAUAGGAACGUAUCUGAUUACACGCCUCUGAGCCUAGCUGCAAGUGGCGGGUAUGUGAACAUAAUAAAGCUAUUGCUGAAUCACGGUGCCGAAAUUAAUUCGCGUACCGGAAGCAAACUGGGAAUAUCACCAUUGAUGUUGGCUGCCAUGAAUGGUCAUACUGCUGCUGUGAAAUUGCUGCUCGAUAUGGGAUCCGAUAUAAACGCCCAAAUCGAAACGAACCGAAAUACUGCUUUGACCCUUGCUUGCUUUCAAGGUCGUCAUGAAGUGGUUAGUCUUUUGUUGGACCGAAAGGCAAAUGUUGAGCAUCGUGCGAAAACCGGACUUACUCCCCUAAUGGAGGCUGCUUCAGGGGGUUACAUAGAGGUUGGACGAGUUCUUCUUGACAAAGGCGCCGAUGUGAAUGCCGCUCCAGUACCUACAUCACGAGAUACAGCUUUAACUAUUGCAGCCGAUAAAGGCCACCUGAAGUUCGUUGAAUUACUUCUUUCUCGUGGCGCUGCCGUGGAGGUUAAGAACCGCAAGGGUAAUUCUCCCUUAUGGUUAGCAGCCCACGGUGGUCACUUGGCGGUAGUAGAAGUGCUCAGUGGUCACGGUGCUGACAUUGAUUCACAAGAUAAUCGUAGAGUUUCUUGUUUGAUGGCCGCAUUCCGCAAGGGUCACACGAAAGUGGUGAAGUGGAUGGUGCAGCACGUAACGCAGUUCCCAUCAGAUCAAGAGAUGACUCGCUUCAUCAACACUAUCAGUGACAAGGAGUUGUUGGAGAAGUGCUACGACUGCGUGAAAAUUAUACGAGCUGCGAAGGAAGCGCAAGCGGUGAAAGCUAACAAGAAUGCUUCAAUUUUGCUUGAAGAAUUAGAUAUGGAGCGAACGAGAGAGGAAAGUCGUAGAGCUGCGGCAGCUCGACGCCGGGAACGCAAGAAGAAGAAGAAGUUGGAGAAGAAAGAAGAGAAGCGAAAAAUGAUGGAAAACAAUAGUGUUGAGCCACAAGCAGCUGAGAAGGAAUCAGAAAAGGAAGAGGAUAGUGAAAAAGAGGAGGAGAAUGUGGAAUUGAAUCAGAAUCAUGACCGUGAAGAAGGUGAUUCUGGAAUCGAUCAAGGAUCGUGUUCGAGCACUGAUAUGAAAACCAACAACGGUCAGGCGGAUAAAAAUAGUAAAACGAAAAAUAAAAAGAAACAGAAAAAUCAAAAUCAAUCAGGAAAUGUUAGGGGUUCGAAUAGUCCUUUGCUUGUUCAGCGCGAAGAACCACAGCCGCAAUCGAGUAAGCAAAAGAAAGAAGAGCCUAUCAUAGGUACCAAGAACAAAAAGGAGCAACCCCAGCAGCCUAGCAAUACCAAAAACGAAGUGAAGAAAACUAAUGAGAAACAACCUGUUGAACCUGCAGUCACUGCUAAGAAAGAGGAACCUAAGAAGAAAGAUAUCAUCAGCAAGGAUGUAUCCACCAGAAACAAAGACAAGGAAAAGGAGAAAGAAAACCUGGCACCGAAAGAUGAUACAUCGAAGCCACCAAAAAUCGCUGAGAAGAAACACGAGAAUACAAGUGUUACUGGAGGUCAAAUGCAGAAGCAUCAUUCAACACAGGAAACUGUACAAGCUACACCUGCCGCCAUUGCACCUGCUACAACCAAUCGGAAAUCGUUAAUCUUCUCAGCCAGACAUCCCGUGGAUAAUUCGGGCAGUAAACUCAAUGCGAACACUAAGCGCGAGGAUGGGUGGAAAGAAGUGGUAAGGAAAAGUUCUAUUCAACAGCAAACUGUGACCACCACAUCCACCAGCGUUCCAGAGAUCAUAUGCAAAAAAGUUCAAGUUCCUGUACAUGCUAUAUCUCGAGUAAUUGGCCGAGCGGGCAGCAACAUAAAUGCUAUUCGCGCUUCAACAGGUGCUCAUAUCGAGGUUGAGAAGCAAGGUAAAGCGCAAAGUGAUCGCUGCAUUACAAUUAAAGGUUCAUCUGAUGCCACAAAGCAGGCACACUAUCUCAUAACCACUUUGAUUAAGGAUCCGGAUGUGGACAUUUUACAAAUGUUACCAAGGCCAAAUAUCCCGUCGAAGUCUUCACCUGUAGUGGUGAAUUCAUGGGACAAGAACAGCAGCUCAACGUUUGUAGAGUUCACUUCAAACAAUCCUAGCACGAUUGCAAAUGCAACGCAGAAAGCUAGUAGCAAAUCAUCAAUUCAAAAUCCAUCUUUAGGAUCCGGAGGAAAAAUUUCAACGCCAAUAAGCGCAGUUGGAGGGGGAAGUACUAAGUCGAUUUCAUCCUCUUCAUCACGUCAGCCGCCAGGAUCUAAGCAAGGUUUUAUCCCGCCUUCACAAAGUUCUAGAUCAUCGAGUACCCAGGCUCACUCUUCUACAUCGCUGGGAGGUGCAACAAGCCGUUCAGCAGGUGGAGAAAAGACUUCCCUGAUAUCUCAAAUCAGAGCAUCUGCUGCUGCAAUGCAGUCUUCUGAUUCUCUAAACAGCACUACGAAAACAACAAUGUCCUAUACUAACGCUAUAAUGUCGCUAAAGAACGUCGGACCUAAGCCGGCAGGAAGUUCGACAUCAACCCAUCAAUCGUCUCAAUCUCAAAUGCAACCCAUUGGAACGUUUGCCUCGAAAUUGUCAGGUGGAAGUGGCAGCACUGAGAAGAAAGCGUCCCAACUGUCAAAUCAAUCCCAUUCUCAGGCAUCAAGUACGUCGCAGGGAUCUGCCUCGCAUGUACCAAACGUUGGAAAGUCAGUAACUUCUUUCCCAUCCUCUUCUUCCUCUGAUGAUUAUUAUUAUGGAAACAUGGCACCGGUUGGUUCCCGAAGGCCAACAAACGCCUUAGGCAAAAACUCUGCUUCGAAGCAGAACUAUUCAGGAACGUUCACAUCAGCAUCAUCAGAAGCAACUACAAACACGUCAACGUCGACGAGUUCAAGUGGUCGGUCCAUUACACCGAUCGGGCCACCGUCAAGUGCGAAUCGAAAUAUUUCUUCACCAUCACUUCAGAUUGCGCCGCCAAGCUCUAGUAGUAAUAUUGCAGACUGUUCAGCAGCAGUGUCGGCAUCGUCUUCUGGUGUUGCAGCUGCUUUGUCUGUUUCAUCAAGUGCGCUGUCUAAUCAGACACCUGGACUGCCACAACUGCCUACUAAAAUAAGUCAAGAAUAUUCUUUGUUCAACAGCUCUUACAGCAACCAGUGGGACGCAAAGCAGUCAAUGUACGAUCCCACUGAAAACGACUCUCUGCCAAAGGCAGAUGCUUCUAAGGCACCAGGCUACAAUCGUGGAAACGUGAUGAGUUCACCAGUUAGUUCGAAAACGUCAAGCAACUCAACUACACCCCCGGGAAGUUCUGUUCAAACGCCAGGACAACAAUCCCAGCAUUUGAAUAUCCUGCCUGUAUCUGCAGUUUCGGCUGCAACAUCACCAGGAGGAGCGUCGCAUUCAAAUGUAGCCGCCUCACAAGCAGGCGCGAUUUCUUCGCAGACGGCACCUGAAGUGUACACCACAACACCGAAUGAUUUGAAUUUGAGUGUUCUGAAGCCACCCAGUCAGGCUCCAAUUCCACCUCCUCCAGCCAGUGGACUAGCUAUUCAACGGCCAAUUAUGAGCAAUAAUUCAUUGCAAAAUCGCACCAACAUGGCACUAGAUAAUAACUAUGGACCAAUUGGAUCAUCGGCAAUACGUGAUCAAAAUCCAGCUUCGAAUUCCAGGAGCUACUUCGAUCCAAUGAAUAAUCCCACCCUCAAUCAACAUUCGAUCGGAUCCUUCUCCGAUCCAAUGUCACAACAGUAUCAUCCUGUUGGUAUUAACGUUAAUCAAGGCAACCCACUGCAGUUAUCACGACUCAACCCCCGCGCAUCAGUAUUUUCGCAACAGAACAAAUCAUCGCAACAACUAGGCGGAAUGUUUCAUCAAAGCUCAUCGAACAUAGGUUUGAGUAAUUACCAGAAAUUGCCAACGGUUGGAAAUCAAAAUACAGUACCACCUUAUAACCAACCGCCACCAGGAAGACCUCAGUCUCAGCCACAAGCCGGUUCGAAUGCACGGUGGUUUUCGAAUGAUCCAAGUGGCUACAGCGGCUAUGGUAUGCCUACCGCACGAGAUAUGCUAAAUUUGGAGAAUGGAAUGCCUAACAUGAGUUCAGGCUCCCCAGCUGCUAUGUCACCCAAUAAUCCCCAGCAACCCCAAACGAAUGGUAUUAUAUCUAACCAGCCACCAAAUCAACCGCCUCCACCGAUAGGCAGUGGUGGUGAGGACAAUCGAAAAAUGCCACGACCAAUUGGUACGGAGCGUGCCAGCUGGAAGUAUAAUCACUAUCCAAAUAUGAACCUUGUGGAACCGGAACAGAAUAUAGCAGUGACAGCUGCAGCAGCUGCUGCUGCUGCUGUAACUGGACCGUUGCCACCUUGGGUAAUGGAUAAGUCUCAAGCACAACCACCAGCCAUGCAACAAAACUGGCAAAAAUCUCAUCAGCGAUUUUAUGUUGGCGAUAUGCAUCAACAAGAUCAUUUUCAUAUCAUGGACUAUCAUAAUGUAGUUCCACCGCCAACUGUCAACUCAACUCUGAAUUUAAUGCAGCCACUACAAUAUCCGCAUUUCAUAGGACACGCCGGAGAUAUGGCUCCUAUGACUGAGAAAAUUGAGCUUUGGGAACAGGAAAAUCACGGAUGGUCUUCAAACUGGACUAAUUGAAGUAAUGUCAAACUGAAAUUUUGAAAACUAUUCGUUAGUACCUACGACAUUGUGCAGCAGUCAAGACAACAUCUGCUUAAUUUAUCUUUGUUUGUGUGUGUGUUUAGUAAAGAAAAAAAUCAAUACAAUAAUUUGCAUUGGAACGAAAACUUGAACUUUACUCGUCGUCGCCGUUUAUCAAUUGUUCUAAUUAGUAAUUGAUACAUUUAACCUAGAGAUGAUGAUGAUUCAUUGCCGGUUAUUAUUUUUUUCUCAUUAGAAUCAUGAUUUUUUUUCUGUUUUUUUCAUAGUAAUCAAGGAAACGGUAUUGAAAGCAACUCGAAAAUAAUUGAGAGAAAUACUUUUGUUAAUAUAAUAAUAUACAUACUUAUAAAAAUUGUGUAAAGAAAAUCAUUUAUUUAAAUUGCGUAGGAAGAAUGAUUGAAAGAGAUACAUUCUGAUUACACUAUACACUUGGAUUUGAACAAUACAGUGUUCUUCAUGAUAUCUUAUUACUUUUUUUCCUAACCAUUGUAACAUGUCCUGACUAACCGUUUCGCUAUGCGUCGUAGUUGGCGUAGUUUUUUCCACGAUAUGAUGUCUGCUGAGAGCGCGCAUGCAAUGCGUUUCAAAUCAAUGUAUCCCUGCUGUAUCCGAGAGCUGACAAUGCUAAGAUCCCGACGACUUGCUUCCUUUUUCCGAAGCAUUUUGGACCAGCCAAUCUGCCAACGGACGGGGGCAUGUUGUCCAGGCGGUCUUAGUUGGAGCGGCUCAUCUCAUUUUUGACUUUCAAUCAACUUAACACUUGGAAUAACGUCGGUCGAACGAUCCCCGAUAGAAGAGAACAUAAGAAAUUGCUUAAUAGAGAUUUUAUCUUGUAUUUUCAUUUGGAUAAAAAAAAAAACAAAUAUAGUAGCUUCGUGAUUUUGAUGAUAGGAAACAUAAUGCAAAUUUAAAGUCGAAAAUAAUAAAGCAUAAAUACUUAUCCACCUCCGAAUUCUGGUUGAAUUUAAAGUAAAAUAAUUAUUAUAGUAGUCAUGGAGAAAAAUUUGCUAUUAAAUGGGUUUAAAGUAAGAAACGCGUGCAUAAACUAUUAUACUAAGAAAACUUAAAGAAGUAUGAUCUAUACUCGUAGAUUAAACUGAAAAUUAAAAAAAAAGAAGAGCAUAAGCACACACACAUUCAUAUUUAAAACGAAACUAUACAGAUACGAAGAUAGAAAGGCAAAAUAAAAAGACGUAGAGCUGAGAAUUUGAGUUGAUUAAAUAGGAGUCGCGCUUGGCUUGAGUGUGCCGGUGGUCAUUUCACGUAUCUUUCACGAAUUUAGUUUUGCGGUUGGUUGCCGGCGGGAGGUGUAUUUGAUUAGUUAACUUUUAAGGUGGGGUUAGCCUGUUUUAAGUUCUGCUUUGUUCCCCCAUUUCAAUAUCUUACCCACACGCUAGAGAAAACAAUAGAAUAGAAUGAAUCUCGUAUCAACAUUAGCUGAUUUUUGAGAGCUUUUCCAAAUUAUUAUUGCCUUCAUUCCAAAAGUAUUUCACUUUUUGGAGGACAGAUGAGAAUAGGAUCAUGCCGUGGACGUAAAUCAAUUUGAGAUUACGUUCGCUAUGUGAUUGAGAAUUAUUGUUGAUUUGAAUGUACGAUACGGGAUGUCAGUUUUGCUGCUUUGGCAUAACAGAUACUUUACCAUGGCGGAAGUUAAAACUCUGACUAUCAUACACAUGCAUUAAAUAGAUGAUAGAUCGUUUGGGCAAAUCUUCAUAGUGUACAGAACAUCAAACAUUAUUUUCGUUAGUUUCACUGUGCUUGGAAACUUCAUAGCCAUUGCAUAAAAAGCCACAUUAUGGCGGUAGGAGAAUAAACAAUACAUAUACGGUAUUUUGGUACAUUUCUCGUGUUGAAAAUACGUUCACACAACCUAUAUUUUGCUUUAAUCGAGCGGUCGCAAGUUGACAACAACAAGCAUGCUUAAAGAUUUCUUUCUUUUCUUUGGAAACUCCGCCCGGAGUACAAUUUCACUGGGGCUUCGCCAUACGAUGGGCUGAAAUAUGGUUGAAUCUCUGGGGAUAAUUUUUUUACAGAAAUCUAUUCUCUAUACAUCAAGCAGAUGGUUUGCUUAAGGAACUGAAUUACAGACUAUACUUCCAGAUUGGGCACUGGACUGUAUGUAAUCUGGAACAUUCAAAGUACUGAGUUUACCACAAAACCCGAAUCUGCAUUUUCCCUUUCUCAAUGAAACGCCAUUUUGAUGUGUAAGCGACUUGCGACCGUCUUCAGUCUUUGAAAUUACGCUAGCAUGUUCAUUUGAAGUGAAGCAUUAUUAUUGCAAACGAAUCGAUAUUUCAAAAAAUAUAUGAAACACAACAUCAAGUUCAACUUAUCAAAAAAGAUGUUGAAUUAAAAAACAAAAUAAACAUAAAAAAUAUCUAAAAAGAAAAUCUAGCCAGAGAGCUAGCUAUUGCAAGUAAAAAAAGGAAACCGAUCUUUGUUUUUUAUUAUUAUUUUAAUAGGAUGGAGAAUUGUAAGGAAACGAUAACUAAUAAACGAUAGGCAUUCUUUUUUUAUUAUAUUACAAGAGAAGAAAAAAGAG